AUGUCUAGCGCUGCAAAAGUUGUGGACCCUGCAUUCCAGGGAGUGGGCCAGAAACCUGGGAUCGAGAUAUGGCGGAUUGAGAAUUUUCAACCAGUUGCAGUGCCAAAGUCGGAUCAUGGAAAAUUCUACAUGGGGGAUUGCUACAUCGUCCUUCAGACAACACAAAGCAAGGGAGGAUCUUAUUUGUAUGACAUUCACUUCUGGAUUGGAAAGGACACAAGUCAGGAUGAAGCAGGAACUGCAGCGAUAAAAACUGUUGAACUUGAUGCAGCUCUAGGAGGGCGUGCCGUGCAGCACAGAGAACUUCAAGGACACGAAUCUGACAAAUUUUUGUCUUACUUUAAACCAUGUAUUAUACCGUUAGAAGGGGGUGUUGCAUCUGGCUUUAAGACUCCUGAGGUAGAAGAGUUUGAGACCCGUUUGUAUGUUUGUAAAGGAAAACGGGUUGUCAGAAUGAAGCAGGUUCCAUUUGCAAGGGCAUCUCUCAAUCAUGAUGAUGUGUUCAUUCUAGACUCUGAGAAGAAGAUCUUUCAGUUCAACGGGGCAAAUUCCAGUAUCCAAGAAAGGGCCAAGGCUCUAGAAGUUGUGCAGUUUCUGAAAGAUAAGUAUCAUGAAGGAACAUGUGAUGUUGCAAUAGUUGAUGAUGGUAAACUGGAUACUGAAUCAGAUUCGGGUGAAUUCUGGGUCCUCUUUGGUGGUUUUGCUCCAAUUGGGAAGAAAGUUAUCACUGAUGAUGACAUCGUUGCAGAGAGGACUCCUGCUAAAUUAUAUAGCAUUCAUGAAGGCGGUGUGACUGCUGUUGAAGGGGAACUAUCCAAAGGCAUGUUGGAAAAUAACAAAUGCUAUCUCUUGGAUUGCGGAGCUGAGGUGUUUAUAUGGGUUGGCCGUUCAACACAAGUGGAGGAGAGAAAAACAGUGGGCAAGGUGGCAGAGGAUUUUAUUGCCAAUGAAAACAGGCCAAGAUCCACUCGUAUAACCCGGGUUAUUCAAGGUUAUGAAACACAUGCAUUCAAGUCAAACUUUGGUUCAUGGCCUGCUGGGUCUGUAGCUCCAGGAGCUGAGGAGGGAAGGGGAAAAGUAGCAGCUUUGUUGAAGCAACAAGGUGUCGGUCUCAAAGGUUUGGGAAAAAGUGCUCCUGUGAAUGAGGAAGUUCCUCCUCUGCUUGAGGGGGGUGGAAAAUUGGAGGUAUGGUGUAUCAAUGGCAGUGCCAAGACUCCUGUGCCUAAGGAGGAUAUUGGUAAAUUUUAUGGUGGAGAUUGCUACAUUGUCCUUUACACUUAUCACUCUGGUGAAAGAAAAGAAGACUAUUAUCUUUGCUGUUGGUUUGGGAAGAAUAGCAUUGAGGCAGAUCAGCAGAUGGCUACUCGUUUGGCUAAUACAAUGUCAAACUCUCUGAAAGGAAGACCUGUUCUGGGUCGCAUAUUUCAAGGCAAAGAGCCACCACAGUUCAUUGCCAUUUUUCAGCCUAUGGUGGUCCUCAAGGGUGGUUUGAGCUCAGGCUACAAGAAAUACAUAGAAGAAAAAGAAGUGACUGACGACACAUACACUUCUGAUUCUGUUGCCCUCUUCCGAGUCUCUGGAACGUCUGCUCAUAACAGCAAGACAGAGCAAGUAGAUGCGGUGGCGACCUCCUUGAAUUCCACAGAGUGUUUCCUCUUGCAAUCCGGCUCGUCACUUUUCACUUGGCAUGGGAAUCAGAGUGCUUUUGAGCAACAGCAGUUGGCAGCAAAAGUCGCUGAAUUUGUGAAACCUGGAGCUACAUUGAAACAUGCUAAAGAAGGGACUGAAAACUCGAUUUUCUGGUCUGCUCUUGGAGGAAAACAAAAUUACACUAGCAAAAAGGUGUCCCCAGAAAAUGUCAGAGAACCUCACCUGUUCACAGUGUCGCUCAAUAAAGGUGAUAUUAUCUGCAUUUUUAGUUUGCAGUACAUCUGCUUACAUUCUUUUUUUCUUCAUACAAUGACUUUGAGGGAUCUUACAGUACUUAACAAGAUUUUUGCAUUCCUUGAGCAGGUUGAGGAAGUGUUUAACUUUUCUCAAGAUGACCUGUUGACGGAGGAUGUAUUAGUGCUUGAUACGCGAGCUGAAGUUUUUGUUUGGGUCGGCCAAUCUGUAGACCCCAAAGAAAAGCAAAGUGCUUUUGAUAUUGGCCAGCAAUACUUAGAGAUGGCUGCAGCUCUUGAAGGUUUGUCACUCAAUGUGCCGAUGUAUAGAGUUACUGAAGGAAAUGAGCCAUCAUUCUUUACAACAUACUUUUCAUGGGAUUCCACAAAAGCCACUGCUCUUGGAAACUCAUUCCAGAAGAAGAUGGCGUUGCUCUUUGGAAUUAAACAUGAGGAUAAAUCAAAUGGGAAUCAAGGAGGAGGAGCAACACAAAGGGCUUCAGCUUUGGCUGCCUUGUCUUCUGCAUUUAAUUCUUCCUCUGGGAAGUCAUCCCCUAGAAGCCAGGACAGGACAAAUGGUUCAAAUCAAGGACCGACUCAGAGAGCAUCAGCUUUAGCUGCUCUGAACUCUGCUUUCAGUUCUUCCCCUACCAAAAGCCCCUCGAGGGGAUCUUCAGGAUCUGGACAAGGCCAAAGGGCUGCUGCUGUUGCUGCACUUUCACAAGUUCUUACUGCUGAAAAGAAGGGACCCAACGGUACCCCUACUCAGAGCCCUAGUGCCGAAACCAAAACUCCUGCUGGUGAAGGAAAGAGUGAAAAUGCAGCAUUUGAAGUAGAUCAAGGGUCUGAAGAAGCCGCUGCAGAAGGGAAGGAAAUCGAUGACACCGGAUCUGCAUCUGGAAGCAAUGCAGGAGGUGAUUCUGAACCUAAAACCGAGUCUGAACAGGACUAUGCCGACAUUGGUCAGGUUGUGUUCAGUUACGAUCAGCUGAAGGCUCGUUCAGAAAACCCCGUGACUGGUAUCGAUUUCAAAAGGAGAGAGGCAUAUCUAUCACCUGAGGAAUUCGAGUCCAUAUUCGGGAUGGACAAAGAAGCUUUCUACAAACAGCCCAAGUGGAAGCAGGACAUGCAGAAGAAGAAAGUUGAUUUAUUUUAA